AAUUAAAAAGGGGGCUGUGGGGGAGGUUGCAGCACGUUCAUUAAGGGCCCUCGUGUGUUGCAGAUUCAAACAGAAUCUUCUUUUUCUACUCACAACCAUCCUGGGUGGUAUUGGACUCGUUUUCCAGAAGGAGGACCUGAGGUUCACAAAGAGAUGUGUCUUGCUCUGAUCGUAAAGCCGAAUUUCAGACACUGCUAUCUGAGCCUCGAGCCUCAGGGUUCUCCAUCGCACCAUGCUGGGGGCACCUGUGGAAAUGCCUCCUGACCUGGCUCAGGACAGGCAGAGCCACCCCUUCAGUGGCCUAGUAAGGGGCAGUGACAUUAGGUGGGGGCUUGGCUCAGCUCAGCCCUGAGCUCCUCCAUGCUGGUGGGAGCUUGGCAUUCGUUUGCUCCCCUCCCUUCUGCCUGCCUCCUAUUCUUCACUCCUCAGGCAAAAAGGUUGCUCAAGGAGACUCCAGGAUUUGGGGUCUGCCUCGUCACUGUCACCAGGAGGCUUUUUUUUCUGACUUGCCAGAGCUCCUCGUCAGUCCUCGCACAGCCUCUGGAAGCACAGGGAAGGCAGCUGUGGGAUCCUGGCUGAACAGAGCCCAGCACCUGCUUCCUGCUCCUGCUCCUGCACCAUGAAAGUCCUGCUUUGUGACCUGCUGCUGCUCAGCCUCUUCUCCAGUGUGUUCAGCAGUUGUCAGAGGGACUGUCUCAUAUGCCAGGAGAAGCUCCGCCCAGCCCUGGAUGGCUUCGACCUGGAGCUGUGCAUCCUGGAGUGUGAAGAGAAGGUCUUCCCCAGCCCCCUCUGGACUCCAUGCACCAAGGUCAUGGCCAGGAGCUCCUGGCAGCUCAGCCCGGCCACCCCAGAGCACGUGGCGGCUGCUCUCUACCAGCCCAGAGCUUCAGAGAUGCAGCAUCUGCGGCGAAUGCCCCGUGUCCGGAGCCUGUUCCAGGAGCCUGAAGAGCCUGAGCCUGGCAUGGAGGAGGCUGCUGAGAUGCAGCAGAAGCAGCUGCAGAAGAGAUUUGGGGGCUUCACUGGGGCCCGGAAGUCGGCCCGGAAGUUGGCCAACCAGAAGCGGUUCAGUGAGUUUAUGAGGCAGUACUUGGUCCUGAGCAUGCAGUCCAGCCAGCGCCGGCGCACCCUGCACCAGAAUGGCGUCCAGGUGAUCCCCCAAACAGCAUGUGUCCAGCCCCAGACCUGCCGCCUGGGAACCAGGAUUCCUUCUUCCCCAAGGCACUGAGGACCUGCAGACCCAGCAGGCUUCGUUCGCCUCCCGAACCUCCCCGUCUGGUUGUUCCUCCCCAGUCCCCGGCAUGUUUCACCACAGCCCUGUUGCUACAUCAGAGUGUAUUUUUGUAAUUCCUCCAGCUACCAUUGCGAUGGCCUGGUCUCUCCUGCUCAGCCGCCUUGUCCCCCUUCUGGGGCAGGUGAAAGGAAUAGGAAAUCGAACCUGGGGCUUUGACUCACCACUGCCAUAACUUGUUUGUAAAAGAGCUGUUCUUUUUGACUGAUUGUUUUAAACAAUGAUUUCUCCAUUAAACUUCUACUGAGCAAAUGGUUAA